AAGGACGCUCAUGUCGUCUGCUUGUGCUGCAGGAAGACAGGUCACACCCUUGCCAACUGCCCGUCGAACCCGAACAAGGCUAGCAGGAGGAAGAAGAAGCUCUGCUUCAAUUGCGGCGAACCAGGUCAUAGCAUCCACAACUGCCCCAAGGAGAAGGGGGAGAACGGGCUGAAGUUUGCCGUGUGCUUCAUCUGUAAAGAGCAGGGGCACAUCAGUGCGCAAUGCCCGAAGAACGACCGAGGGAUCUAUCCCAAGGGAGGAUGCUGCAAGAUCUGCGGGGACAAGAGACAUCUCGCCAAGGACUGC